GAUGGCGGACCCCGCCGAGUGCAGCAUCAAAGUGAUGUGCCGCUUCCGGCCCCUCAACGAAGCCGAGCUCCUCCGCGGGGACAAGGUCGUCUCCAAAUUCCAGGGGGAAGAGACGGUCGUGGUGGGGCAAGGGAAACCAUAUGUCUUCGAUAGAGUGUUACCGCCCAAUACAACUCAGGAACAAGUCUAUAAUGCUUGUGCCAAGCAGAUUGUUAAAGAUGUUCUUGAGGGUUACAAUGGUACUAUUUUUGCUUAUGGUCAAACAUCUUCAGGCAAAACACAUACCAUGGAGGGGAAGCUACAUGACCCACAGCUGAUGGGAAUAAUUCCAAGAAUUGCACAUGACAUCUUUGAUCACAUCUAUUCCAUGGAUGAAAACCUAGAAUUUCACAUAAAGGUUUCCUACUUUGAGAUUUAUUUGGACAAAAUACGGGACUUGCUUGAUGUUUCAAAGACAAACCUUGCAGUACAUGAAGACAAGAACAGAGUUCCUUACGUAAAGGGUUGUACAGAGAGGUUUGUCUCUAGUCCUGAAGAGGUUAUGGACGUUAUAGAUGAGGGGAAAACAAACCGACAUGUAGCUGUUACAAAUAUGAAUGAACACAGUUCUAGAAGCCACAGCAUUUUCCUAAUUAAUAUCAAGCAAGAGAAUGUUGAAACGGAAAAAAAACUCAGCGGAAAGCUUUAUCUGGUAGAUUUGGCUGGGAGUGAAAAGGUCAGCAAAACUGGGGCAGAGGGCUCUGUUCUUGAUGAAGCUAAAAAUAUUAACAAAUCUUUAUCUGCUUUGGGCAAUGUGAUCUCGGCAUUGGCAGAAGGCACUAAAACGCAUGUCCCAUAUCGAGACAGCAAAAUGACCCGGAUUCUUCAGGACUCUUUAGGGGGGAAUUGUAGAACCACCAUUGUCAUCUGCUGCUCUCCAUCCAUCUUCAAUGAAGCAGAAACCAAGUCUACUCUUAUGUUUGGUCAAAGAGCCAAAACUAUUAAGAACACGGUGUCUGUAAAUCUUGAGUUGACUGCAGAAGAAUGGAAGAAAAAGUACGAGAAGGAAAAGGACAAAAACAAGACACUUAAAAAUGUUAUCCAGCAUCUGGAGAUGGAACUGAACAGGUGGAGAAAUGGAGAAGCUGUUCCUGAGGAUGAACAGACCAGUGCUAAGGACCAAAAGAACUUGGAGCCAUGUGACAACACCCCCAUCAUCGAUAAUAUUGUGCCAGUUGUUGCCAGCAUCUCAGUUGAAGAGAAACGAAAAUACGAGGAGGAGAUUACUAGUCUCUACAGACAGCUGGAUGAUAAGGAUGAUGAAAUUAACCAACAGAGUCAGUUGGCUGAGAAACUAAAGCAACAAAUGUUGGAUCAAGAUGAGCUCUUGGCUUCCACUAGGAGAGAUUAUGAGAAGAUACAGGAGGAACUGACUCGACUUCAGAUUGAAAAUGAGGCUGCAAAAGAGGAAGUGAAAGAAGUUCUUCAGGCGCUGGAAGAAUUAGCGGUUAAUUAUGACCAGAAAUCGCAAGAAGUGGAGGACAAGUUGAGAUCUAAUGAACAACUGGCUGAUGAACUUCAACAGAAAACAUCUGCGCUGAUGUCUACACAGAGAGAGUUGGGUCAAUUGCAAGAGCUCAAUAACCAUCAGAAAAAGAGAGCUACCGAGAUCUUGAAUUUACUGCUUAAAGACCUUGGAGAGAUUGGAGGAAUCAUUGGUACCAAUGACGUAAAAACCUUAGCAGAUGUGAACGGUGUGAUUGAGGAGGAGUUCACUAUGGCUCGACUCUACAUUAGCAAGAUGAAGUCGGAGGUGAAAUCUCUGGUGAACCGCAGCAAGCAGUUAGAGAGUGCCCAGAUAGACUGCAACAGGAAGAUGAAUGCCAGUGAAAGGGAACUCGCUGCCUGCCAGCUCCUCAUCUCACAGCAUGAAGCCAAAAUCAAGUCUCUCACAGACUACAUGCAGAACAUGGAGCAGAAACGAAGACAACUGGAAGAGUCACAGGAUUCACUGAAUGAAGAGCUGGCCAAAUUGCGUGCUCAAGAGAAAAUGCAUGAAGUGAGCUUCAAAGAUAAAGAAAAGGAACAUUUGACCUUGCUGCAGGAUGCAGAGGAAAUGAAGAAUACGCUGGAGCAGCAGAUGGAAAGUCACAGGGAAGCCCACCAGAAGCAGCUGUCAAGGCUGCGUGAUGAGAUUGAGGAGAAACAGAAAACCAUUGAUGAAAUCAGAGAUAUGAAUCAGAAACUACAGCUGGAGCAAGAGAAACUGAGCUCUGACUAUGAGAAAUUGAAAGCAGAAGAUCAGGAACGGGAAAAGAAGCUGGAAAAGCUCAUAUUGCUUAAUGAUAAAAGGGAACAAGCAAGAGAAGAUCUUAAGGGACUGGAAGAAACUGUGGCUCGAGAACUGCAGACUCUCCAUAACUUACGCAAACUCUUUGUUCAAGAUCUUACCACCAGAGUAAAAAAAAGUGUCGAACUGGACAGUGAUGAUGGAGGUGGAAGUGCUGCUCAGAAGCAGAAAAUUUCAUUCCUGGAAAACAACCUGGAACAACUUACAAAGGUUCACAAACAGCUGGUACGUGAUAAUGCAGAUCUCCGUUGUGAGCUUCCUAAGCUUGAAAAACGCCUUCGAGCUACAGCAGAGAGAGUGAAAGCCUUGGAGAGUGCGCUGAAGGAAGCCAAGGAGAAUGCCAUGCGGGACCGGAAGAGAUACCAGCAGGAGGUAGAUCGCAUUAAAGAGGCCGUCAGAGCAAAGAACAUGGCAAGGAGAGCCCACUCUGCCCAAAUUGCCAAGCCUAUCCGCCCGGGUCAUUAUCCAGCAUCUUCUCCUACAGCUGUUCAUGCCAUCCGAGGAGGAGGAUUGUCCAAUUCAAGUUACUACCAGAACAUGAAAUAGACACCAGAUCUGAUGCCACUCGCAUGUGAGAAUUUAUCAUCCGUUCACUAGUUUUUUUUUCCCUUUGGGGACUGGACCUGUACUCCCUCAUUCAUCGUACGCUUUCUAUAGCCAUCUGCAGUG